AUUUGUACCGGGCUCCAUUUCCUUCUCCCACUCGAGCAUAAGUAUUGCUCUUUAAAUUUCUGUCUCUACUUGUAUCCCAUCCUCCACAAAAGGAAUAAUCUUUCAACUUUGAAUAACCAUCAUGCACUUUGUCAACCAAUCGCACAAUUACGAUCACCCAUGGUCUCACGUCGUCAUUGGAAUGUGGCAUAAAUACCCAAAUCCCAAGUGCACACACGUCGUUAGCAUUGAUGUUCUGGACCGUUCAGUCGAUCCGAAAACAGGGAUUAUCAGAACAGAACGGGUGUUAGGCUGUAAGCAGAAAGCGCCAAAAUGGAUAGUCAAGCUCUUUGGUGGAUCUGAAGACGCAUUUGUUCGCGAAAUAUCGUUCAUUGACCCUCGGACACAAAACGCAACCAUCACCUCAGAGAAUCUUUCAUUAUCCCAAUUCGCAACAUGUUUAGAGCAAAUACGGUAUUCGCCUUCGUCAACACCUGGCCGCACAGUCUUCUUACAGACAGCUGAGAUUCAAGCUCGAAUGACGUUAUGGCGGAGUGCAGCUGAUGGUUUAGAGAGGUGGAUGGCUCAGCGGUUCGAACAAAAUGCACAACUAGGGAAAAUGGCUUUCACAGAUGUUCUACGACGGUUAUGGGAAGAAAGAGAGCGAAUGCAGGCUGUAGCUGCUUAGAGGGACCUGAUUUUAUGAUAUUCUAUGUGUGCGCUGUCAUUUCCACCCCGCUCUAAACUCAUUUUCGGGAUGUAUCACCGGUAUUAGAUAUCCUCUGUAUUCACAUUCGUAGUAGACAACUGUAAAAGCGUCGUCGCUGACGCCUAUCGAUACCUUAUUCAUCAUAGAGAGGAAAUUUGAUAAGCCGUUAAAUAAUAUCUUAAUCCGCAUGAUUCCGAUUAUCUCUCGAUUAAU